AUGAUUUCAUCGUUUCAUUACUCCAUUCUCCCGCUUAUAACACACGAGAACCUGGGAUGUUCAUCACUAUUGAAAGAGCUACGAGAAUCUGAUAGCACAUAUUCUCCGCAACAACACGAGGCCCAAGUCAAGAAAACGUCCGCAGAACCUCUUGACAGAUACCUCCCGAAACUCCAAGACCAAGACAAGAUGUGCGACUGGGAAGAAUUCCUCUUCGUCUGCAACCACUCGACGCUGCGGCUGAAGUCCUACUGCCACUUCGCGCGCAACGACCCCAACCAUCAAUGCCUCGGCGUCAAGGUCCUGCGGGACUCGUGGUACCAGGACGGCCAGCUCUGUGACAACUGCAUGGCGAGCGGGCUCCGGCUUCGCAACGGCAUCAUCUGGCAGCUGCCGCACCACCAGUCGUCGCGCCACCACCACCACCACCAUCACCGACAGGGCCGCUGA